UCAGCAGUGGACUGCUAGCUGGGGCUCUGCCGCAGGGUCUCAGCCGAACCCUGGAGCAGCAUGGCUAACGCCAGGAUCCCGUUCCUCACGCAGCGGGUCCUGGCUCUGGGGCGGCGUUCCUGCUAGAGGACAGGGAGUCCCAAAUGACGUGGCUUCUCUCAGGGCCCAAAUGCUCAAACAUGUGAAUCAGUUCUGUGAUUUGCUGGAAAAGAAACCAGAAGAAACACAGGUGGAGGAAGCCCAAGGAGAGAUGGAGGAGGCACUCAGCGAGGACAUCGUGGAAUACCUGGAAGAUCACAUUCAAGAGAACCUUCCAGACUUCGAAGAUCCCAUCGAUAUCCUGCAAGGCAGAAUGCACCAACUUGUUGACAACUUCUGUGAAACCCUUGUAUGGAAAUCUAAAGAUGAGGUCUGCUCGGAUCUUACUGAAUUGGAGAGCACAUGCAGCGCAGAUGUGGCUGACGCUGUGGAUGCUCAAGUUAAAAACAACUCCGGAGUCCCAUGCAACCUGGAUUCUCUCAGGGCCCAAAUUCACCGCCGUGUGGAUUAUUUCUGUGAUAUGAUGGGAAAUCAACCAGAAAAAGCACAGAUGGAGGCAGCCCUAGCCGAGAUGGAGGAGGCACUCAUGAGGGACAUCCUUGAAUUCGUUGAAGAUCACAUUCAAGAGAAGCUUCCAGAAUCCAGUCCCUUGCUUUGUGAAACACAGCAAGAGGUUCGUCGCAGAGUCUGUGAGCCCUCCGGCUCCUACAGUCCCCCAGGCCCGAACCAGCCCUUUGACUCCUCCACUUCAAGGAGUUGGUACGCCUGGAUACUUGAACGAUUUUAUUAUUUUAAUUUUUUUUAGUUCUACUAGUUUAUUGCUGCCAACCCCUCUCCCUCCACCCUCGUGCACACACGCUCAGUCAUGUAACCCCAUGGACUGCAGCCCGCCAGGCUCCUCUGUCCAUGGACAUUUCCAGGCAAGAGUACUGGAGUGGGCUGCCAUUUCCUUCUCCAAGUGGGUUGCCAUUUUCUUCUCCAUACUUGAGCGAUUUAAAGAGCUCCUGCAGUGACUGCAGCAGACGUUUCGGAAAGCCCUGAACUGGAUUAAGCGGAUAGCAGCUGCCUGCCUACCAGGCUUGCACAAAGCGGCUGAGGCCAUCUGGAGAGUGUUAAAGGGUUUUUGUUCCUCUCUGGAGCAGUUCUUCAAGAGCCUCAUCCAGGUCUAGAAGCCCCAAGGGGUCCCCAGGGAGCUUGGCCUCUCAUCUAGAAGCCUCGAUUUUCCCUUCUCACAGGGCAUCUUCUGAUGCACCCUUUACCCUCCUGCUCACCCUUGACCCAUCCUCACAGGCUGCCUCAC